UCGUUUUGAGACUCGUUCUUCACAUCUGAUAAUGGCUUCCGUUGCUGAUCGCAUGGUGGAUGCUGUGGCUCGACUAUCCAUAAUUCCUCGCUAUUUUCUUUCGGCUACCUCCUUGGACAAUUUUUCUCACUGGCCGCCUUCGUUGUUGCCACUUUUACCUCUAGUCUCUGCUCGCCUUCCUGAGCAGGCACGUUUUGCGGAAUUCCGGCCACAUCCGGGGUGCCUGCUGUGCUCCACUCCUACGUUGCCUCGUGGGCGAUUAAUGCGCUACUGUCCAGGAAAGUCGCCCACAAGAUUAUCGUCAUCAAGCGGUGACUUCCCCCGAUGCAGUGUGGACUCGGAUGUGUGGUGGGAUCUCAUUUUUAUUAGCCGCGAUCGUUUCUAACAAGAGGCCCUUGAACCCAUGGUGGCUUGUUGGAGGAUGUUCCCCUGUUGAUGGCCUUACCCUACCUCUUCAUUGUCUCUGGACCGGUCUCGUAGGAUGGAUUGUUGGUACUUGAGCCAUAGUCCCUUGUCAUUUCCAGGACUAUUUCUGCUUUGUGUCACACGUGGCACGUGGCGGCAAGAGUGUGAAGUUUUGUUCGGCGUUCCUCUCUUUGUCGUCUGCUUAUCCACAUUGUUGAUUUCGGUUCCUUGAUUCUACUUUUGAUUGUACGAUGGCCGAUGGAUGGAUGUUCUUAUGUCAUUGUGCAUAUGCCAAACCAUGUCGGUGACUGUCCCAGGGUGUUUGAAAAAAAAACAGGUGUCAUGGA